GUAAACCACGUGGAACAUUGUGUUGACAAUGGAUGAAACCUCUCACUUGGAUGUCAUGAAAGACGUGAAAGAGCUGAUCCAAAACAUCCUAAAAGAUCCUUUUCUAAAAGACCUGUCUCCAGAGAUAUCAUUAGAUGAGGUUCAGUCCCGUUUAGCCCUCGAGCAAGGACGUGCUAUGACUCUUAAUGUACAAAAACUUGACAACACAAGUUUUCCUGUCAUUGUUUUACAAGGAGCAACUGUCCAUGAACUAAGGAAGAGUGUAGAGAAUGAGACGGUCAGAAGACUCAAGAAGGAGGGGAGGACUACUUUCGUUAGCUGGGGUUAUGUCUGGAAGACUUAUUCUCUUUUCUACGGACAACACAGGCUGUCUAAACUUGAUGACAAACUUGCAAACUAUGGCAUAUCUAAUAAUUGUGACAUACAUUGGAAAAAAGUAGUAGAAAGAAAGCAAUUUUAAUUUUUAAAUUGUAAUUACAUGAAUUACAUGUCUCACACAUUAA